AAACAGUGUUAUGUAUUGCAAACGCCCGACGAGUGUCUCAGCCGUCACCACGAGAUGACAUUUGUCUCGUGGAUCCGACAGUAUAUGUAUUCAUACGAACAGCGCCGACACGACUACUACCGGGCCGUCACUGUCGACCCCUUCUGGGAAAUCAAUCCGUUAACAGUUGUGAGCGAACUCUUGGCCGAACUCCUCUUCACACCACUCAAGAGUUUGGGACACUUUUUGGGUCUAUUCAUGUCAUCGUAUUUCAGUCAUAUCCCACUCUACCUAACGAUUCCAGUCUUCAUAUUCCUCUGCUUCUGCACACUCUUAAUGGUGUUAUUAAUAGCCGUUUGGCUCUUAAUGCCGAACCGAUACUCAAUUCGGAUACCAUUUCUAAUGACAAUUCAAUUGGAGAGAAGACAACAACAUAUGCUGUCAGACGAGACAAUUGACCGCAAGAUCGUUCGCAAAUAUCAAAUACAGGCGAAUGUUGUUAACGAUUUAAUCAUCAUGAUCACGUUCAACUAA